AUCAACUAUGAAGAAUUCUGCACAAUGAUGAGAAGUGGAGUACAACCAGGAAAGCUUUUCUAGUUAUUGGCUCGAGAAUUGAGUUGCUAUUUAUUUAAUGGAUUAGAAGAACCACAGUGAAGUUUCUAAGAGAGGACCUUUUGUGUGUUGACAAUGGUUGAACUCCAAUCCUGUGCUAGUUUGGUCAAUGCCUCUGCGUUGUGUUCUAUAGAGCAAGAAGUGAAAGGUGAGGCAACUGUCAAUAUCAUUGCAGAGAUAUCAGCAGAGUUGCAAAGAGAAAGAGAGAAGAAUGCAGAGCUUAUGGAGAGAAUAUCUGUACUUGAGUCUCAAAUACAAGAAAGAGAGAAAGAAUCCUUUAUCUCUCAUCCUCAGGGAAGUUGUCUCAAUGCAGAAGAAAGAAGCAUCAAGAAGUUUAGAAGACAUAAAAUAGGAGCAAUUAACAAUGAAACUGAAGAAAAAAAUAUUUCCAAUGGUGAAACAGAUUCACAGAUUGAGAAUGAUAUUAAAUGCAAUCCACCAAAAGAUGCAAAUGUGGAAGACCGACUGGUUACUUGGAUGAGCAUGGAUGAGACUCAAUUUUUGCUUACUGAUAAACUGAAAGAUGAUGAUUUAGCUGCAGAUUGUGAUGAUACGGAUGAUAGUGGUGAAGAAGAUGACUGUGAAGAAGUUGAUACACACAUUGAUCAGAAAAAUGGAGCCACCUAUGAGAUUUCUAAUCAAACAGAUGCACAUCAGCAUCAAAAUGGUGCUGAUGAGAGAGUAAAUGUACCAUGUCCGGGAAGUUUCUUUGGUAGGCAGUGCGAGCCACCAUUUUUGCCAGUAAACCAAGAAACAAAUGCAGAUAGGAAGACGUAUUCCACUCUGCAUGAUAAUGAACGAGUUAACAAGAAGAUUUGUCUCCAAAAACAAGAUGAGAAAGGAACUGAAAACGUUGGAGUUCAUAGUACACUGGCAGAUGAUCCUGUUUCUAAGCAGGAUUCUUUUAAUAAUGGCCAUGGAAAUAUGUCAUCUAUCAGAAAGCCUCCAAAGAUGGCUUUCUGUCCAAAGGAAGUAAAAAGGAUGCUAGAGUCUGAAGUUCUUCAAUUGAAAAACGCCCAGUCUCACACCAUAAGGAAGAUCAUAGUUUUUGCAUCUCUUGGUAUAAGGCAUGGCUGUGAUGAUAUGUAUGAAUUAGAUUUCAACCAUUUCAGCAUCCUGAGAAAAGGGGAACCUUAUGUGUCUCCGAAAGAUCCAGGCGAACAUGUACUGUAUGAGAAUCCAGGCAUCAGGAGGAAAAUAUUUUUUCCAAAUCGACAGAACCCAACAUUAUGUCCUGUUCAGAUACUUGAAGAAGAGAAGGCCAUGCGUCCGUCUGAUCCUAGCUGCCCAUCAUAUUUAUUUCUGUGCAUUAAGUAUGGUGGAAGAACAAGAAAUCUUCCCCAAAAUGAAUAUGUUAGGCAACGCAUGGGAAGAAACAAACUAAAAUCUUUUGGGCCAAUUAUGUGCCGAAUGGCAAUGCUAGUUCAUAUCCGCAGCGGAAGCUUCUUUUUUAAGGCCUUGGGGAUAACAUUUCUGUUCAUGGCUGGUUUUCCUGAUGACCUGGUUCGACGGGAAACCAAAUACCGGAACUUGGAUUUGCUGCAAAAGUAUUACAGGACAGAUGAAGAUGCUGAAGGGGAGGAAUUAUUUCUCACACGUCCAAUGACUUGUGAUUCUCAGGCCAGUCCAGGUUCUCAGUUGUUAAUAGGGAAGACAAAUUCCACAAAAAUGAAAGGCAGGAAACAAGCAAAAUCCAUAAAUAAGCCUCAGAAUUUGCCAAGAUCCUCGGUUCAUCAGUCAGUAGCAUCAAGCUCUGCACCUCCCACCCAGUUUGGGCUUAUGGGCUAUCCCAAAAUUCAGACUCAAAGUCCUCCAGAUGUCCUAAAAAUCCCUAACCAAGCAAUGAAUAGGACUGCUACCAAUAUCUCUUACAAUAAUCAGACCCCAUAUCAUAUGUUCCCAACACAACCAGCAAAUCCUUUCUUGCCUAUGAUGUACUGGUCUGCACCAAGUGCAUUUCCUCCUGCUCCUUAUGCCUCUUCAUAUGGUUACCAAGCUUUUCCAUCUACUGCAAACUACAUCUCCAUACAUCCUCAGGCUUAUUACAGCCAUCCUUCCUGCAUUCCUAUGAUUCCAAAAAUGGCAGAAAGAAAUUGGAAGAAUGAUGCGACCUUGGUCAGAGCUGAUAGCGAUUCUGAUAGUAGUUCUAGCAGUAGUACAGAGCCAAAAGAGGCAUUACCAAGCUGCAAAUAAUGGAGCAGCACCUAUGUAUGUCUAUGUAAAUUAUCCGUUUUGGAAAAUAAUCCUUGCAGAGAAAGAUGCAGUGUUUUGCAUUUUCAGGCAUGUCCUAGAUUGCUGGUAUUUCAUGUAACUUUCAGUCUAGUUUAUUUAUAAGUGAAUAUAUUUUUCUGAGGCUUUUUCUUCCUUGGCCAUUAAUUAGAUGGUGUAGCUUCUCCAUCAUUCUCUUAUCA